AUGCAAUUGGUGUUACCGGAUUCUAUCUGCUCUCGAUCCGAGUGGGGUGUCGGUGAGGAUACGAAUGUAUUUGAGCGACUUCCUAUCACGAUGGUUGAAUUUGUGAUACCGCCUGACCACCCACAGGUACAAUUCGAAGCGGAUAGGGACCCGGACAAUGAUUCAGUCAAUGUACGAGUCAGAGAUAUGGGAGAGCGCAUUGACUUUUUGGAGACCGAAGUCACAUGCUUCCAUCCCGUCGAGGGCCUCACACAACCUGGACUUGAUUCAAAGACCGGUCUGCUUUACCACGCGGGUGACUUCUAUGUCUCAAAAGAGAAUAUGACUAUCGGAUCCAAGCUUAUCGCAGACAAGACCAGGCUAGACCAGAUUGAUCAUGAAAAGUUGGAAGGCCACGCUUCUGUUUAUGACAACAAUGUCGCAGUUGGCCCUUGGCCACAAUUGCUCCGGAACAUCUCGUUGACGCGAACGACGAGAACUGGGGAUGACGUUUCGCAGACUCUCCAAGCUUUAUAUAUUUCAUCCCAGAAGAAUGUGACUAGGCCUGCAGCCACUGACAACUACAGUCAUGUGACCAUCCGCCGCGACGAUACGAAUGUUUGUUCGGAUGUACGAUUCCUUGUACCUGCGAGAUUAUCGGACUACACCCCAGAGGAGGCGGAUGUUGCGGGAAGGACUGGACCGUUGUCACGGCCUAGCUGGGACGCAGGGAAUUACUACGUGUGA